CGCCAUGGCUCACCUCAAAGUGCUGGACUGCAUGAUCAACCACAACUGGAGUCUGAUCUGCAACCUGUACUGCGCCUGGAACAAUCAGGCCAAGCGGAAGAAUGGCAGGGAGCAGAGCGAGGGGACGUCCCCCGGGGAGGAGGAGCCCUUCUCCUGGCCCGGCCCGAAGACGCUCCGCCUGCGCCGCACCUCGCAGGGCUUCGGCUUCACGCUGCGCCACUUCAUCGUCUACCCGCCGGAGAGCGCCGUCCACUCCUCGCUCAAGGAUGAAGACAAUGGGAACAGAGGGCGACAGCGGAAUCGGCUGGAGCCAAUGGACACCAUCUUCGUCAAGCAGGUGAAGGAAGGAGGCCCCGCCCACGGAGCUGGACUCUGCACAGGGGAUCGGAUAGUGAAAGUCAACGGGGAAAGUAUCAUCGGGAAAACGUACUCGCAGGUGAUCGCCUUGAUUCAGAACAGCGACACCACCCUCGAGCUCUGCGUCAUGCCCAAAGACGAAGACAUACUGCAGCUGUUUUCCAGGGAUAUCACAGCUCUGGCGUACUCGCAGGAUGCGUACCUCAAAGGCAACGAGGCGUACAGCGGCAACGCCCGCAACAUCCCCGACCCCCCUCCCAUCUGCUACCCUCGGAUAGAGGCUAAACCCGGAGGCAUGGCCCAGACGCCCGACCUGCCCCCCUCAGCGGAGACCCCGCGAGGGGCGGGCCCGGCGGGCCGCGGGGCGUCCGGAGGGGGCCAGCCCGACCUGGGCUACCGCGUGGAGAUCCCCGUGCCCCCGUCGCCGCCCCCGCAGGCACCGAAGACGCAGACGGUGGUGUGCGUGUGCAACGAGAGCGUGAGGACGGUGGUGGCGCCGCCCGACCCGGUGCAGGCGGCGGAGCGGGGCUCGCGGCCCGCCCACAGAACCGAGGAGAACCGGUACGCCCCGGGGCCCGCCGAGCCGCUCCCGGGCAGGACCAAGCCCAUCAUGGGGGCAUCUCAGUACCCCCCCACCCCCGCUCGGACCGCAGACACCCCCGCCUUCUCCACAGUGAGCAGGCCACUCAAUUACCCAGCAUGCCCUGACGGCCACCCGGCCUCUGUCAGAUCCUCAUUGGCCGUUGCGGGAGACCCCUUCCCUUCCCCGGCCAAUCACUUUGCCCCCUCCCCUUCUUCUGCCAAUCACUUCACCCCUUCCCCUUCUUCUGCCAAUCACUUCGCCCCCUCCCCUUCUUCCACCAAUCACUACACCCCUUCCCCUUCCUCUGCCAAUCACUACACCCCAUCCCCUUCCCCCGGCUCUACCUCCCCCGCCGCCCACCAGAACAUUGACUGGCGGAACUACACCACCUAUAAGGAGUACAUCGACAACAAGCGAUUGCACAUGUACGGCUGCCGGACCAUUCAGGAGAGGCUGGACAGCCUGCGGGCCGCCUCCCAGAAUGCCAGUGAGUACAAGCAGCCCCCCUCCGCCGCGGCCAGGGGCGCGGGCUCUGCCCUGCUCCGCCGGAGAAGCACGUCCCACGAGCGGGCAUACCAGUCCCCGCCCCGGCCCCCCCCGCGCAGCGCGUCGCAGGAGCGGCUGGGCCCUUCGGAGCAGGCGGCCCUCCACAGGGACUGGCCCCGCAGUGCCUCGCAGGACGCCCUCACCCCGCCGCCCGUGGGAGUCCCCAAACCGCGGGCGCACUCCUGUGACUACCUGGGCAGGCCGGGCGAGGUCCUGGCGUCGGGGCCCCCGCUGUACCGCGACGUCCCCCCCCGCGCCACCCGGCCUCCCGUCCAGCCCGUGAGGACCGUCCCGCAGAGCCACAGGACUCCUCCCGCCCUGUGGGGCGUCCCUGCGGCGACCCCGUUCCCGAAAGAGCCGCUGCUGUCCUCCAGCCCGGCCGCCCCUCUGUCAGCGAGCCGGCCCUCGCGCCUUGCGGUGAAACCCUCUGUGGGGGACCCCUCCCCCUCCUCUUCCUCCUCUUCCUCCUCGGCCUUCCUCGCGUCUGCGUCCUCCGCCCAAGCCCCCGGCGGCUCCAACGCGCCCAGAGACCAAAGAACGGUCGUGGCCAACCACCUGGCCCACGCCGUCAGCGCCAGGCCCUCCCCCGGCCCCGCCCCUGCGCAGAAACUCGCUGGGGUCACGCCCGCCAGCAACGGCACUGCGUCUCCCGGGCCCCCGGCGAGGCCCAACGGGGCGGCGGUGGAGGUGGUGAUCCGCAGGGAGAAGGCCGGCCCCCAGCCCAUCCGACACCCCUCCUACAUCCUGGCGGUGAACGACGAGGGCGAGGCCCGGCCCGACUCCACCUGCUGGCUGCCCAAUGACGCCCGGCGAGAGCUCAACAUGCGGAGGCUGGGAGAACAGCGCAAGGCCUCCUGCUCCAGCAACCUGGGUGACUCCCUCGACUCCAUCCCCUUCAUCGAUGAGCCUUCCAGCCCCAGCGUUGACCACGACGUCACACACAUUCCGGCCGCCGCUGUGAUAUCCGUCGCCCCGGUCAUAACCACCAUACCCCCCAGCCCGACAUCACCGUUCCCUCUCAUUCGCCGGCAGCUGUCACAUGACCAGGACUCUCUCCGGCUCUCCAUCCUCGAAUCCGAGUCCGGUACCAAAACGGAGCGGUCCAAGUCCUACGAUGAGGGGUUGGACAACUACAGGGAAGAAGGAAGAGGCAGGCCGUCCAUCAAGCACAUGCCCAGUCUCAAGGGUCUUAGAAAGACAGGGGACAAGUCUUCGGAAGACUCGGGGUCCAGGAGGGACUCUUCCUCCGACGUCUUCAGCGACUCCACCAAGGAGGGACUGCUCCACUUCAAGCAGCUCAGCACGGACAAGAGCAAGCGGGUGGGCGGGGGGAUGAGGCCGUGGAAGCCGAUGUACGCCGUGCUGCGGGGCCCCGCCCUCUGCCUCUACAAGGACAAGAAGGAGGGGAUGGCCCACGCCGCCUCCCAGUCCGAGGAGGACCACCAGCAGCCAAUCAGCAUCAAGGCCUGCCUGAUCGACAUCUCCUACAGCGACACCAAGCGCAAGAACGUGCUGCGGCUCACCACCUCGGACUGCGAGUACCUGUUCCAGGCCGAGGACCGCGAGGACAUGCUGUCCUGGAUACACGUCAUCCAGGAGAACAGCAACCUGGACGAGGAGAACGCGGGUGUUACGAGCCGGGACCUCAUAAGCAGGAAGAUUAAGGAGUACAAUACCAUGAUGAGCCCCCCCAGCAGUAAGACAGAGCCGUCACCCAAGACGUCGCGGCAGUCCCUGAGCAUCCGACACACCCUGCUGGGAGGGAAGGGGGAGACCCGGGCCCUGCUGAGCCCCCACUCACCCAAGCAGGACUCUGACAGGAAGAGUGUGCACAAAGAUGAGAGCAGUCCUCCUAAGGAUAAGAGUGCGUGGAGGAAGGGCAUCCCGGGCCUGAUGAGGAAGCCCUUUGAGAAGAAGACUGCUCCGGGGGUCACCUUCGGAGUGCGGCUGGACGACUGCCCUCCUGCCCAGACCAACAAAUUUGUGCCCCUGAUCGUGGAGAUCUGCUGUAAGCUGGUAGAGGAGAGGGGUCUGGAAUACACCGGCAUCUACAGAGUUCCCGGCAACAACGCUGCCAUCUCCAGCAUGCAGGAGGAGCUCAACAAGGGCAUGGCCGACAUCGACAUCCAGGACGAUAAAUGGAAGGACCUGAAUGUCAUCAGCAGUUUACUCAAGUCCUUCUUCCGGAAGCUUCCAGAGCCUCUCUUUACAAACGAGAAAUAUGCAGAUUUCAUAGAUGCCAACAGAACAGAGGAUGCAGUGGAGAGGCUGAAAGUGCUGAAGAGGCUGCUGCACGAGCUGCCGGACCAUCACUACGAAACGCUCAAGUUCCUGUCCGCCCAUCUCAAAACCGUGGCCGACAACUCUGAGAAAAACAAGAUGGAGCCACGGAAUCUGGCCAUUGUGUUCGGGCCGACUCUGGUCCGGACCUCGGAGGACAACAUGACCCACAUGGUGACCCACAUGCCUGACCAGUACAAGAUCGUGGAAACCCUCAUCCAGCAUUAUGAUUGGUUUUUCACUGAAGACGCAAACGAGGAGCCCAUGACCACCGUCCAGCAGGAGAACGCGGUGGAGUCCCAGCCCGUGCCGAACAUCGACCACCUGCUGACCAACAUCGGCCGCACCGGCACCUCCCCGGGGGACGUAUCAGAUUCGACCACUAGUGACUCGACAAAAUCAAAGCAGGGCUCCUGGGGGUCCGGGAAGGAGCAGUACAGCAGAGAUCUGCUGGUCUCCUCCAUCUUUGCUGCGGCCAGCCGCAAACGAAAGAAGGCCAAGGAGAAGCCGCAGCCUAGCAGCUCCGACGACGACCUGGACAGCGUGUUUCUGAAGAGCCAGGACCAGAGCCAGAGCCAGGAGCUGAGCUGGGCUCAGGAAAGCCCGGGCAAACAGGAGACGGAGGGAGAGGCCGGGACGACGAGCGAACUGAACGAGGAAGAGGAGGAGGAGGAGGAAUCCAGGAAAGAAGACGGGAGAGGCUCGGAGCAAGAGAGCAAGGGCAGAAAGGAGCAGAGGAACUCAUUUGUGAUGAAGGAGAAGGCCCCACCCCCAUCCCCAUCCCCGCCCUCUGGCUCCCCCAAGCUCCACCCGCAGUCCCAGCCGGAGGAGGCGGUGGCGUCCGACCCGGGGACCGUGAGCUCGCGGGCCUCGGUGCCUCGGGUCCUGCCCGGGAGGGGGGCGUCAGCCGAGCCGGGCGAGGGCGGGGCGGGGGCGGGGCCGGCGGCGGAGGUGAGCUCCAUCACCUCUGACUACUCCACCACCUCCUCGCUGACGUUCCCAGUGGGAGGGGGGGCGGAGCCCAGCACGCGCAGCCCCGAGGUGCAGUCGGUGGCCGAGAGCCGUGGAGACGAGGCCGACGACGAGCGCAGCGAGCGGGUGAGCGAGGGCCGGCCCGGCGCCGACACGGACAGCGAGGGUGACGCCCCCGGCCCCGCCCACGCCGACCGCCCCCGCCCCCUCCCCUCCCGCCAGCUGAUCGAGCACGACACGCUGGCCCGCCGCCGGCAGAAGACGGACAGCGAGUCGUCCGCCGAGGGCGGGCGCGGCGACCGUGAGCCCAACCGCCUGUCCCGCGUCCUGGAGGCCAUGAAGAAGGGCCGGUCCACGGGCAGCCUGAGCGCCCCCUGCAGGCCGGAGGGGGAACGGCAGGAGCCGGCCUGGAGGCUGCGCAUCACGGAGCGGCUGAAGCUGCGGCUGCGGGCGUCGGCGGACGACAUGUUCGGGGUGGGGGCGCAGAGGGGCGGCGGCUCGCCCGAGGCGCGCAAGCGCAGGGGCAUCCGGCGCCGCCACACCAUGGGCGGCCAGCGGGACUUCGCCGAGCUGGCGGUGGCGGGCGGCUGGAAGGAAGCAGGGGCCGAGCUGUCCGCCGUCGACCGGCUGCGGCCCAAGUGCAGCUCGCAGGACUUCUCCAUCCGGGACUGGAUCGCCCGGGAGAGGGGGCGGGCUGGUGGGGCCGAGGCGGGCCAGGACGCUGACCCCUCCCCUUCCCCCUCCCCCGUCCCGGCCCCCGCCGAGCCCGACCCCCAGCCCGCCGAGCAGCUCAACGGGGCAGCCCCGCCCGGCAAGAACAAAACGCCCCUCAGCCUGGCAGCCGAUGCCCACCCCCACAAACUGUCCGGUGCCCAAGUCGUUCGCUCACGGUUCUAUCAGUAUCUAUGA